UAAAGUUCAACCAAAAAACACAAACAAAUAAAAAUUGUGCUUUGAAUAAAGCGAUUAAUAAAUUGUCAUGUUGAUUGAACCGGGAAUCAAUCGAGAAUUUGGAUCUAUUGCACCAGCCAGUUUUAAUAUACCAUCGCACUGGAAAAUGGAUCCUCCACGAAUUCCUACUCUCAAUAACCCAACACCCGGUAGCGUCGGACCGAUGCCACCAUUACACCCCAAUGUGGGUUUAGUCGCUUCUGGACAAAUGCCACCAGGAGCUGCAUUAUUUGCGGGCGGGGCUAAUACUCAACCAUCACCAACCACUUUGAGUGCCCUGGUAUCCCAGCAACGAAUACUUGAACUUUCACGUUUCAGUGGCUUGCGGGGAUACGAUAUAGCGCAACAUAUGCUGACACAACAGGGUGCGGUAUCUAAGCUCUUGGGUUCUUUACGACCACCUGGCUUAAUUGGAGGCUCCAAGCCAAAAGUCGCAACGCCAACCGUUGUUUCAAAAAUUGAACAAUAUAAACGCGAAAAUCCGACAAUAUUUGCCUGGGAAAUACGCGAAAGAUUGAUAUCAGAAGGUGUUUGUACAAAUGCAACGGCUCCAUCAGUAUCUUCAAUCAAUCGCAUACUAAGAAAUCGUGCUGCCGAGCGAGUCGCAAGUGAAUUUGCUCGUACAGCAGCUUAUGGUUUGUAUCCACCUCAUCCAUAUGCAGGAUUUUCCUGGCAUCCGGCCGCGGCAGCAGCGGCUGCUGCCUCAUCGACGACAGCAUCUGCUCAUUUCUGGUCGCCUACAAUGGGUGGACCUACUUUAACAGCCAUGCCACCUGCAAGUCAUUCAGCAUCAGUUAUGAAUUCAAACAACUCGAAUACGAGUCGCGCAAUUUCCCCCAGUUCUGGCAGUCACGAUACUCUGGAGUCCCCAGAUGAUACACGUCAUAUUGAUUCUGAUUAUCUGGAUGAUGACGAUGAGCCGAAAUUUCGGCGCAACCGUACAACGUUUACACCUGAACAAUUGGAGGAGUUGGAGAAAGAAUUUGAUAAGAGUCAUUAUCCAUGCGUAAGCACAAGGGAGCGUUUGUCCAGUCGUACUUCUCUAAGCGAAGCUAGAGUUCAGGUUUGGUUUUCAAAUAGAAGAGCGAAAUGGCGUCGGCACCAACGUAUGAAUCUUUUGAAGAGACGUUCCAGCCCAUCAAACAAUUCAUCUGGUGCUCACUAUUCACAACAAUCCCUGGAGACGUGCAGCAAUCCCACAUCAUCAUCUCCCACACCAAGUACAAAUAGCAAUGCCUCGACUUGUCCAAAUGAUCCUCCAACAAAUGCACACCAAUCACCACAUUCUGCACCAUCAUCCUCAGACAUUGCUCUAACGUCUGUUCACCACACUGGCUCAUCAACGCCCACAUCAGCUCUGCCCGCUCACAUGACAAACAUUCAUCCGCAUCAUCAUGACUCACAGUCAGCAGCGGCUGCCCUACUCCUCAACCAUUAUCAUCAGCAUCAGCAGCUCUCCAAAAACCAAACAGCAUCCCCUUCGUCUACGAUGCAAAUGUCUGCAUCAUCUUUUGCAGCUUUAGGCAAUGAGUCACACCAGCAAUUGGCGGCUGCUAUUGCCAUUAGUUCGUCUUCGGCUACCACAUCACCAGGCCUAUCAAUGGGCGGAGAACACAGUGCAUUUCGUUCGUUGGUAAACACGCCGUCGGCGGCCGCAUUUGCUUUGGGCUUGGCUCGCCAGUAUGCUGUAGCCGCCUCUCUGUCAGCGGCUGAUCACGAGAAACAAGCUCGCUUACAACAAAACGCUGACGUCUCAAAGCCCGUAUCGGUGAAUGGCUCCGAUUCCGAAGAUGAAGAAAUUAAUGUGCAUGAUGAUUCAAAUGAUGCAGAUGCAAGUUUUUACUCAUCCGCCUCCGGCUCAGAGGCCAAUCAACAGGGCAGAGCUCCUAUACAGCUGGUCAAACAUGAACGUUAACGUGGAGAUUGCGACAGUCGAAAGUCGUUCCAAUGGUGCUACAAUCCCGUUCAAACGCAAUUGUUAAUGUGCAAUCAUACGCUUAAACAUUGAUAUUUUUUUUUACCAAAGUUUUGUUAAGACUUGACAAGAGAUUUGCACAACUUCUAUCUACAGUUGCAUGUGCUUCUUGUUACAAUGCAUCUUAGCGCAAUUUCAAAUUCCUGUAUUCUGCUGUAUUGUGAAGACUUGAAAGCACUUUUCUUCUCUUAAGAAUCAUACCUCAAUGUAAUGUAAUUUCAAACAUACAUACAUACAAAUCUUAAUAAUGAAAUAUUAUCUAUACAUAACUAUAUUUAAAUAAGUUUAGUCUCAUUUUGUUUAUAUCUGUUCUUCUUGUUAAUUUUAAUUAAAUCCUUAAAACACUAGAUGCAAUUACACACUCCUCCCUUCCCCCAAACAAAUAUACAAACACACAUACACAAAGUAUACUUUAGAAUUAUUAAAUUAAAUUAUACUAUUAUAUAAUUUUAAUUAAAUUUAACUUUGUCUUACAACUACAUACAUACAUACUUAAAUAAAUAAUCGAUUUCUUUCGACAAUUAAAUAAAGUUUAAAGUACAAUACAAA